UGGAUGUCUAUUUUUUUUUUCAUGCGAAUUUUCAAAGUAAUAAUUUACGCAAGUGUUUUCAUUAGUAUGGAAAAAAUUUACGUACUUUUAGAACUUAGCCAUAACUGUGAAAUCACAUGAUCAAAAAUAGUAUAUAUGUAUACUCGCUACAAUCACCCAAUAUUUUUACUACACAUAAUUGAACUGGUACAUACGAUUAGUCUUGCGGUGUAGUGGUCGGCUUUUUAAUGCUUGGAAAAAAUUUCUCAAGAUAACUGCAGAUUUUUUAUUAAAGUUGAAAAAAUUGAAAAUGGGUUCUACUGACACAAAUAAUGUUAAAAAACAGUUAAAUCACAACAACAAUGAAGUGAUUCGCGAAUAUGGCCCAAAUUUAAAAAUACUACCUACAAAUGAUCAAGUUAAAGAAUUACAAACAAUUCUACGUGAUAAAAACACCUCACGAAGUGACUUUAAAUUUUAUGCUGAUCGUUUAAUUAGACUUGUUAUCGAAGAAAGCUUAAACCAACUACCAUUUACAAAAAUUGUAAUAACUACACCUACUGGAGCUAGUUACAAUGGCUUGAAAUAUCAAAAAGGGAACUGCGGUGUGUCGAUAGUCAGAAGUGGUGAAGCUAUGGAGCAAGGUUUAAGGGAUUGCUGUCGAAGCAUAAGAAUUGGAAAAAUAUUAGUUGAAAGUGAUAUGGAUACACACGAAGCCAAGGUAGUUUAUGCUAAAUUUCCAGAUGAUAUAGCUGAUCGUAAAGUGUUACUGAUGUAUCCAAUCAUGAGCACUGGAAAUACUGUGAUAAAAGCCAUAGCUGUUUUAAAAGAGCAUAAUGUAUUAGAAGAAAAUAUUAUUCUUUCGAAUUUAUUUUGCACACCACCCGCUGCUAAAACUCUAGUCAGUGUUUUUCCUAAGAUGAAGAUUUUAACAUCAGAAAUUCACAACGUUGCACCAAACCAUUUUGGACAGAAAUAUUUUGGUACGGAUUAAAUUGAAACUUUCAAUUUUCAUUGUUAUGCAUAUAUAUUUUUUGCUGAGAAUUUCUAAUCAUUGAACUAAGUUGGUCAUCGAUUUAUAGUUAAACGAAAAUUAAUCUUGUUCACUUUUAACGCACAUUUUUAUUGUACAUUCAACCAUCUAUUUCUAAUUUUCUGUAUUAUAAGCUACAAUUAUUUAUGAUUUCAAAUAGUUAUAUUAUUUAGAAAAGGUCACUACUGAGCUGCCGUAGUGAAAGGAAAUGUAUUGUGUGCAUGUCAAAUCCCA